CAAUUCACUCCUGAAAUCACUGUAAAGUGCUUCCCGACAAAAUACGAGCUCUAUAUUGAUGCUUCCUUGUACGCAAAAUGGUGCAGUGACACAAGGCAGUCCCAGCACGUCUCGCCUACAUCCCGACGUCCGCAUAGCAUGAACUUGGCAUUGGAGUCAAUCAGACCCUUGCGAUAGACCUAGAUCGAGAAGAGCAGGAACGGUAUAAGUACUGGUGUCUCUCCUUCUAAAAUCGAUUCGUCUCUCUCAUCAUCAACACUCUCUUUCUCAUCACAUUCCAACUCUCGAGCCGGUCUCGUCUUUCACUCUUUACUUCCUUACACUCUUUUCUAUAAGAAUCAUGGUUCAAUUCUCCAGCCUCGCCGUCGCCGCUCUUCUCAGCGGUGCCGCAAUUGCUGCUCCCACUAUCCAGGAGCGUGGCAGCUGUACCUUCUCUGGCUCCUCCGCCGCUGCCAACGUCCUCAAGCAGAAGAAGUCUUGCUCCAGCAUCAUCAUCAGCAAUGCUGUUGUCCCUGCCGGUACCACUCUUGACCUGACUGGCCUGAACGCCGGUACCACUGUUACUUUCCAGGGUACCACUACCUUCGGCUACAAGGAGUGGACUGGUCCUCUCGUCUCCGUCUCCGGUGACAAGCUCACCGUCAUUGGUGCUUCCGGCUCCGUCCUCGACGGUCAGGGCAGCAGAUGGUGGGACGGCAAGGGCACCAACGGUGGCAAGAAGAAGCCCAAGUUCUUCUACGCUCACAAGAUGACCAACUCCAAGAUCCAGAACAUCAAGAUCAAGGAUUCUCCCGUUCAGAUCUUCUCCAUCAACAACGCCAAGCAGCUUACCCUGACUGGUGUCACUGUUGACAACUCUGCCGGUGACGGUGAGAACAAGGGCCACAACACCGAUGCUUUCGACAUUGGCUCCUCCAGCGGCAUCACCAUUUCUGGUGCCAACAUCCACAACCAGGAUGACUGUGUCGCCGUCAACUCUGGUUCCGACAUCACUGUCACCGGUUCUACCUGCACUGGUGGCCACGGUCUCUCCAUCGGUUCCGUCGGUGGUCGUGAUGACAACACCGUCUCCAACGUCAAGUUCACCAACAACAAGGUCACCAACUCUCAGAACGGUCUCCGUAUCAAGACUGUCUACGGUGCUACUGGCAAGGUCUCUGGCAUUGAGUACACUGGCAACACUCUCUCCGGCAUCUCCAAGUACGGUGUUGUCAUUGAGCAGGACUACGAGAACGGAUCCCCUACCGGCAAGCCCACCAACGGUGUCCCGAUCACUGGCCUCACCAUGAACAACAACAAGGUCGGUGUUACCAGCUCUGGUACCAACACCUACAUUCUCUGUGCCUCCGGUGCUUGCUCCAACUGGAAGUGGUCUGGCAACACCAUCUCUGGUGGCAAGAAGUCCAGCAAGUGCUCUGGUAUCCCCAGCGGCUCUGGCGCCGCCUGCUAAAUGUCUUAAGACAUCUAGCAAGUCAACACAACAAACAAAAUCAAGGGGUCGAGUCGGUGGUAGUUGAGCAGAUAAACCAUGCUUUCUCUUCGAAAUCUCCUAUUGUCAUAUAUAAUAUUCUCAAUACUCAAAAAGACAGACCG